AUGCUCAGAUAUGGCCAUGCUCUCGGUAGAGAGUACAGAGGAAAAGGCAUUCACGUUGCCCUCGGCCCAUUCAUCGGCCCUAUUGGAAGAGUUGCGCGGGGAGGUCGGAACUGGGAAGGUCUUGGUGCUGACCCGUAUCUUGCUGGUAUUGGCGGUGGUCUCAUCACUAGAGGCACUCAAAAAGAGGGUGUGAUCGCUACACCAAAGCACUGGCUUGCGCAAGAACAGGAGUACAGACGACGUCCCGGUGAUGAAGGCGAGGCCGUCUCUUCCAAUGUGGACGACCGUACACUGCACGAGCUCUAUGCCUGGCCAUUCAUGGAUGCCCUGCGUGAAGGAGCCGGUUCGCUGAUGUGCUCAUACCAGCGAAUCAACAACUCAUACGGAUGUCAGAACAGCAAGCUUAUGAACGGAAUCUUGAAGGAAGAGCUAGGUUUCGAGGGUUUCGUGGUAUCUGACUGGGAUGCGCAACACGCCGGUGUCGCCUCAGCGAAUGCUGGUCUUGACGUAGUGAUGCCUGUUGCCAAAUUCUGGGGCGAGAACCUUACCGAUGCGGUGAACAACGGAUCAGUCACCACAGAGAGGCUCGAUGACAUGAACACAAGACUACUCGCAGCCUGGUUCUAUCUCAACCAAGAUGAGGGUUUCCCCGAAAACGCCGUCUACCCAUACAACGUCGAACACGAAAUCGUCGAUGUGCGCGAAGACCACGCGUCGCUCAUCCGAGAGAUCGGAGCCGCGGGAACCGUGCUGGUCAAGAAUGUCAACAACACUCUACCACUUCAACACCCCCGCUUCUUGAACAUCUACGGCUACGAUGCUGAAGUAAAGUCUCAGCCAUGGAACAAUCCAUCCCGAUUCGGUGGUGGCUAUGAAGAGAAUUUCGGCUGGAACACGCUCAACGGCACCCUCAUCACCGCAGGUGGAUCAGGCUCCAGCACUCCCCCUUACGUUAUCAGCCCUUUCAACGCCAUUCAGAAUCGCGUAAUUGCGGAUCGCGGAACUGUACGAUGGGACUUCUUUGGCGUGAACCCGACCGUGUACGCAAAUGCUGACGCAUGCCUCGUCUUCAUCAACGCAUACGCUUCGGAGAGCUUCGAUCGCACUUCUCUUACAGAUGAGUUCAGCGACCAGCUUGUCAACAACGUUGCAACCAACUGCUCAAACACGGUCGUUGUACUGCACUCCGCCGGCAUCCGCACCGUUGACGCAUGGAUUGAUCACCCCAACGUCACCGCCGUCCUUUUCGCGGGUGUUCCGGGCCAGGAAAGCGGUAACGCUAUCGCCGACGUUCUUUACGGCGAUGUGAACCCAUCCGGACGUUUGCCGUACACUGUCGCAAAGCAAGAGUCCGAUUACGGCCACCUUCUCAAUUCGACUCUUGACCCUUCCAUCCCGGCGUUCUUGCAAUCGGACUUCACCGAGGGCUUGUACAUCGACUACCGCGCUUUUGACGCGCAAAACAUCACACCACAGUAUGAAUUCGGUUACGGUCUUUCGUACACCACAUUCGGCUACGCGAACAUGACGGUCGAGCCUGUUGCGAACGCAAGUCUCGCUGCUUUCCCUUCGACGUCUGUGCCGAUUGUACAGGGAGGUCACCCUUGGCUAUGGCAGGUCUUGUACCGUGCCACAGUCACCAUUACCAACACUGGCAAAGUCGCUGGGCAUGAAGUAGCACAGCUAUACCUGGGCGUACCAAAUGCGCCGGCGAAGCAGCUCAGAGGCUUCGAACGCGUGGGCUUGUUGCAACCUGGCGAGAGCCGAGAGGUUAAAUUCACUUUGGACCGACGCGAUCUGAGUGUUUGGAAUGUUACUGCACAGGCUUGGGAGCUCCAGAGGGGCCGAUAUGCGGUUUGGAUUGGAGCAAGCAGCCGUGAUCUGAGGCAAGAGGGCGAGAUCGUAAUUGAGUAG